AAUCUGUCAAAUGUGUUAAUCCAAUCAUGGAGGUGAAAUCGCAGAAAAUUCUCGAGUUAAAAAAUAAGAAAUUUUAGUCGGUUCUUUGUUUGGAUUAAAGUGUUUAUUCUUAGUUAUUCAGUCCCAAAAUCAUAAACAAAAUCAGGGUCCAUGGAUAAAGUUGGAUUAUUGCGAAAGCCUUUUGGCUGCGAGUCAGAGUAUUUGUUAAAGUCAUCGCCAAAUAUUUUGGAGAAUUUCCCUUACGAAGAUUUUCGUAAGGCUGCCCGCAAGAUGACCUCCCCACCACCCACACGUGUUAAUAGACCCAUUUCCCCAAUGUUUUCGGAUACUUUGGAACGCCAUCCAUUUAUGAGAAAUGUCAUAAAUUCUAAAGGUUUUGAGAUAAAAUAUUCAUCACCAAGUGAAAAAGAAGCAUCCGUUCGAAAGAGUUUGGAAGAAAUUUCCAAGGACAUUAAAGAAAUUGAAGAUUUCCUCACUGUAACGGAAAAUAUUAUUCGCAGGGAGAAAGAACGUGAUAGAGAACUCUAUGCGCGUGAGAAACGCCGAAAGCUAGAAGAAAAACAACGUAGAAAAUCUGGUGAGAUCUCAAGUCCGAAUAAGGAAAACAAAACACCUAGUCCAUUGAAAAAGACCCCUGCAACUUCGAGAAAGAAUUCACAAAGGGGUAUAACAUACAAAAUAAACUCUUUCAAAACCAAGAGAUCUAAGCCGGGAAGUCCGAGGUUCUUGAACUCAAAGCUUUACUUUCGAAAUGGAAAGAUUGGAUGCCUGGAAGCUGAACAAAACGCUUCGAAUAUUGAGAGUACUCAUGCUUUGGUCAAACAUAUUCUACAGUAUGAAAAUGAAAAACCUCUUGUCAGUCCUGAGAGUGUUCGAAAGGUUUUGAAUGAAUGUCUGUUGCCGGGACAGGUUCCAUUUGAGGAGUAUGAAGAUUCGGGCAGACCUCUUAUGAUAGAAGCUAGAAAAGUAGCUCAAGAGGUUACAUUUCCGGAGGAGACUGACGAUAACUUAUCACAACCUAUGGAGAAUGAGGUUGUUGAAGAAAUUGACUGUGACGAGAGAGAUGUGCAAAUUUGUUACAAUGAGUCUCCCGACUUGCCUAAUGAAGAGAAGAAUACAGCCGAAACACCGGAAAACAUAUUAGAUAGUGAACUUGUAGUUGUGGAUAACAAUGAUGCCCAAACUAAUACCAUAGAUAGAUCAACUCCUGGAAGUCUUGAUUCUGAUGGUCAACAGUUUCUGCGAGACCAAGUUCGCCAUUUGGUUCGAAGAUUUACUGCUCGGGCAAAUAAGGUAAAAUCUCGAUUGGAGCUUCCUCCAACACCUUCAAGCAGUGCCAGCUCUCCAUCUCCCCCACCACCUUCGGCACCAGUAUCCAUUACAAAGCAACCAAACAAAGGUGAUAACCAUUCAAACAUCAAAAUUUUAAACCGAAGCCAUCGAAGUCAGUUUGAAGCAGAUAAUCCCCAGUCCAGUCUAUGGCUCUGCUCAAGCCUUUGUGGCAGUAACAACGACGAAAAAACUCUCGAUCCACAAGGAAAAAUCUAUAUCUCCUGGUUAUGUGUUGUCUCCAUAAGCUUUCUGUAUAAUGCCUGGGUUAUCCCUCUGCGGUCCACAUUCCCCUUUCAAACCCCAGAAAAUACAAACGCUUGGCUUAUAUGUGACUUUUGUGCUGAUCUUAUUUACCUUUUGGAUGUGAUAUUCUUCAAGCAUCGAGUAAUGUAUCUUUUCGAAGGUUUUUGGGUAAAGAAUAAAAACCUCACGCGAAAGAAUUACAUGCGAAAGCUUCAGUUCAAGCUUGAUCUUCUAUCUCUUCUGCCAUUGGACUUAUUAUAUUUCCAAUUCGGAACUAGUGCAGUUUAUUGGCGUUUUCCAAGAUUCUUGAAAAUUCAAAGUUUCUGGGAAGUCUUCAAGCUACUCGAUCGUGUCAUCUCAUCACCACACUUUGUUCGAGUCGCAAAGACACUGACCUACAUGCUUUAUAUGAUACAUCUUACAGCUUGUUCGUAUUAUGCGUAUAGUUCGUAUCAAGGUCUUGGAGUAAAUCGUUGGGUGUUUAGUGGAAAAGGUCAUCCAUAUGUUAGAUGUUUCGCAUUUGCAACCAAAACUGCCACAUCAAUAGGAAAAAAUCCAAAACCUGAAAGGGAAGGUGAAUAUGUAUUCAUGACUGCUGCUUGGCUGAUGGGAGUGUUUGUAUUUGCCUUGCUUAUUGGUCAAAUCCGUGAUAUCAUCUCAACAGCAACUCGAAACAAAAACGAAUAUCGCCAGCUUGAAGAUGAAACACUUGAAUAUAUGAGAAGAUUAAAUCUACCAAACGAAGUCCAGAGAAGAGUUAAAAUGUGGUUUAAGUUCACGUGGGAUCAACAGAGAACAUUGGAUGAAAGCAACAUAUUAGAUUCACUUCCAAUAAAUCUAAAAACCGACAUCGCUAUCUCUGUGCACAUUCAAACUUUAUCAAAAGUUCAACUUUUUGCCGAUUGUGAAGAGGCACUUCUGAGAGAUUUGGUGCUAAAGCUACGGGCAGUUACUUUCCUUCCAGGCGAUUAUGUGUGUCGCAAAGGUGAAGUUGGUCGUGAAAUGUAUAUAAUUAAGUUGGGGCAAGUUCAAGUAAUGGGCGGUCCUAACAACGAAAUCGUUCUUGCCACACUCUCAGAGGGUUCUGUUUUUGGAGAGAUCAGUUUGCUUGGUAUAAAUGGAGCCGAUCGACGUACAGCAGAUGUCCGAUCCAAAGGUUAUGCAAAUUUAUUUGUUCUCUCAAAGUCAGAUUUGAAUGAAGUGAUAGUCUACUAUCCAAAUGCACAAGCUAUUCUCAAGAAACGAGCAAGAAGUCUUAUGCGUAAGAAUGCUGCUCGAGAGCGCGAAGAAGCCCGAAGAAGUGCUAUGCAAGCGGAUGUAGUUAUUGGCAAUCCGAAAACACCUGAAACACCACCAAAACUCCUUAAGACAGUUAUCCAAGCUCUAUCUCAUGAAUCUCCAGCUGUAAUGUUGAUCACAAAAGGAUCAAAACGACUCCAAAGAAGAUCAGAGAACAAGGAAAAAGAACAUCCAGUCGAACCAGCUCCAGUUGCAGUUGCAGCUGCAGUACCUGUUGAAGUACCUGCACCUGCAACAAUCGAGGAAACUCCACAAAAUAGUUUUUCGAUUUUAAAUGAAAAACGACCCAAAUCUCCAGAUCUUCUUUCAUUAAUACAAAUCGAACUUAAGAACAAGAAUAAAUUCAUAAAUCUUACCGAUUCCGAAAAAGCACUUAUAAUAUCGAAUAGUAGUAGUAGCUCCUUAAGUGGAGAAUGUGACGUCACUGUGCACAAUGAAAUGUAAAUUUUAUAUAUAUAUAUUUUAUUUUUUUGCAAAGCAAAUUAAAUUGUUUAAUGUUAAAA